AUGGCAGAAAGCAAACGUGAGAAAGAGGAGCAAGGCAAAGGGACGCCCCCGCUGAUACCAGCGGACGAGAAGAGCAAACGUGAGAAAGCGGAGCAAGGCAAAGGGACGCCCCCGCUGAUACCCGCGGAGGAUAAGAGCAAACGUGAGAAAGAGGAGCAAGGCAAAGGGACGCCCCCGCUGAUACCCGCGGGGGAGAAAGUGGGCUUGAGCAAACGUGAGAAAGAGGAGCAAGGCAAAGGGACGCCCCCGCUGAUACCCGCGGAGGAGAAGGUGGGCGUUGGUUGGCCCAAAAUGGCAGAAGUACUGUCGUUGUACCAGUUUGGCAAACGUGAGAAAGAAGAGCAAGGCAAAGGGACGCCCCCGCUGAUACCCGCGGAGGAGAAGAGCAAACGUGAGAAAGAGGAGCAAGGCAAAGGGACGCCCCCGCUGAUACCCGCGGAGGAGAAGAGCAAACGUAAGAAAGAGGAGCAAGGCAAAGGGACGCCCCCGCUGAUACCCGCGGGGGAGAAAGUGGGCUUGAGCAAACGUGAGAAAGAGGAGCAAGGCAAAGGGACGCCCCCGCUGAUACCCGCGGGGGAGAAAGUGGGCUUGAGCAAACGUGAGAAAGAGGAGCAAGGCAAAGGGACGCCCCCGCUGAUACCCGCGGAGGAGAAGAGCAAACGUGAGAAAGAGGAGCAAGGCAAAGGGACGCCCCCGCUGAUACCCGCGGAGGAGAAGAGCAAACGUGAGAAAGAGGAGCAAGGCAAAGGGACGCCCCCGCUGAUACCCGCGGGGGAGAAAGUGGGCUUGAGCAAACGUGAGAAAGAGGAGCAAGGCAAAGGGACGCCCCCGCUGAUACCCGCGGGGGAGAAAGUGGGCUUGAGCAAACGUGAGAAAGAGGAGCAAGGCAAAGGGACGCCCCCGCUGAUACCCGCGGAGGAGAAGGUGGACAUUGGUUGGCCCAAAAUGGCAGAAAGCAAACGUGAGAAAGAGGAGCAAGGCAAAGGGACGCCCCCGCUGAUACCCGCGGGGGAGAAAAGCAAACGUGAGAAAGAGGAGCAAGGCAAAGGGACGCCCCCGCUGAUACCCGCGGGGGAGAAAGUGGGCUUGAGCAAACGUGAGAAAGAGGAGCAAGGCAAAGGGACGCCCCCGCUGAUACCCGCGGGGGAGAAAGUGGGCUUGAGCAAACGUGAGAAAGAGCAGCAAGGCAAAGGGACGCCCCCGCUGAUACCCGCGGAGGAGAAGAGCAAACGUGAGAAAGAGGAGCAAGGCAAAGGGACCCCGCUUAUACCCGCGGGGGAGAAAAGCAAACGUGAGAAAGAGGAGCAAGGCAAAGGGACGCCCCCGCUGAUACCCGCGGAGGAGAAGGUGGACAUUGGUUGGCCCAAAAUGGCAGAAAGCAAACGUGAGAAAGAGGAGCAAGGCAAAGGGACGCCCCCGCUGAUACCCGCGGGGGAGAAAAACAAACGUGAGAAAGAGGAGCAAGGCAAAGGGACGCCCCCGCUGAUACCCGCGGAGGAGAAGAGCAAACGUGAGAAAGAGGAGCAAGGCAAAGGGACGCCCCCGCUGAUACCCGCGGGGGAGAAAAGCAAACGUGAGAAAGAGGAGCAAGGCAAAGGGACGCCCCCGCUGAUACCCGCGGAGGAGAAGGUGGACAUUGGUUGGCCCAAAAUGGCAGAAAGCAAACGUGAGAAAGAGGAGCAAGGCAAAGGGACGCCCCCGCUGAUACCCGCGGGGGAGAAAAGCAAACGUGAGAAAGAGGAGCAAGGCAAAGGGACGCCCCCGCUGAUACCCGCGGAGGAGAAGAGCAAACGUGAGAAAGAGGAGCAAGGCAAAGGGACGCCCCCGCUGAUACCCGCGGAGGAGAAGGUGGACAUUGGUUGGCCCAAAAUGGCAGAAAGCAAACGUGAGAAAGAGGAGCAAGGCAAAGGGACGCCCCCGCUGAUACCCGCGGGGGAGAAAAGCAAACGUGAGAAAGAGGAGCAAGGCAAAGGGACGCCCCCGCUGAUACCCGCGGGGGAGAAAGUGGGCUUGAGCAAACGUGAGAAAGAGGAGCAAGGCAAAGGGACGCCCCCGCUGAUACCCGCGGAGAAGAAGUUAGCGACCCCGGUACCCGACGCAUCAGAAAGGAUGACGCAGGCAGUGAGUCAACUGGAGAAAUUAGAUAAAGACAAUUAUCCGACAUGGAGCUACAAGGUUACGGUCUACUUGAAGACCAAAGGGCUAUGGCAUGUGAUCACGGAUGAUCCUCCUCAACAGCCCACAACCUCCUCGAGGUCGCCUCAAGAAACCUCUACGUCUGAAGUCAUUCGAGAAUGGAACAAAAGCGACGCAGAAGCCAUGAAUGUCAUCGUCCAGUCACUCGGAAUGAACCAGACCAGCUACGUGAUAAACCAGACGACAGCAAAAGGAGUCUGGCAAAAGCUCGAGGAAGUGAACAGAGGUCGAGUCCUUGAACGGGUGUUGACGUUGAAGAGGGAACUUAACAACGCCAAGUGGAAAAAUCAGGAAACUGCUACUGAGUAUAUGCAGCGCGUCGAAUAUUUGGCAGAGCAACUCCGUGUACUAGGUGAGAAGAUUGACAACGAUGAAGUGGCCUCACUAGCGAUCCAGGGGCUCCCGAAGGCUUACUAUAACGUGGCCAGGAGUUUUGAUGCUUGUAACGCAUCCGAUUUGACGCCCGAGAGAGUGAAGUACGCUAUAGUACAGGAAGAGCUACGACAGCGGAGGGAUACCACUGAAGAAGCUGCGCACAAGGCGCGAGUCAUGAACAGAGGACCACGAAGUAAAUGUGAGACAGAGGAGCAAGGCAAACGGACGCCACCGCUGAUACCCGCGGGGCAGAAGAGCAAACGUGAGAAAGAGGAGCAAGGCAAACGGACGCCACCGCUGAUACCCGCGGGGCAGAAGAGCAAACGUGAGAAAGAGGAGCAAGGCAAACGGACGCCACCGCUGAUACCCGCGGGGCAGAAGAGUAACUGUGAGAAAGAGGAGCAAGGCAAACGGACGCCACCGCUGAUAUCCGCGGGGCAGAAGAGCAAACGUGAGAAAGAGGAGCAAGGCAAACGGACGCCACCGCUGAUACCCGCGGGGCAGAAGAGCAAACGUGAGAAAGAGGAGCAAGGCAAACGGACGCCACCGCUGAUACCCGCGGGGCAGAAGAGUAACUGUGAGAAAGAGGAUCAAGGCAAACGGACGCCACCGCUGAUACCCGCGGGGCAGAAGAGCAAACGUGAGAAAGAGGAGCAAGGCAAACGGACGCCACCGCUGACACCCGCGGGGCAGAAGAGUAACUGUGAGAAAGAGGAGCAAGGCAAACGGACGCCACCGCUGAUACCCGCGGGGCAGAAGAGCAAACGUGAGAAAGAGGAGCAAGGCAAACGGACGCCACCGCUGAUACCCGCGGGGCAGAAGAGCAAACGUGAGAAAGAGGAGCAAGGCAAACGGACGCCACCGCUGAUACCCGCGGGGCAGAAGAGUAACUGUGAGAAAGAGGAGCAAGGCAAACGGACGCCACCGCUGAUACCCGCGGGGCAGAAGAGCAAACGUGAGACAGAGGAGGAAGGCAAACGGACGCCACCGCUGAUACCCGCGGGGCAGAAGAGUAAAUGUGAGAAAGAGGGGCAAGGCAAAGGGACGCCCCCGCUGAUACCUGCGGGGGAGGAGGUGGGCGUUGCUGAAGUGGUGGCCCCCAAGGAACGCCUUCAGUGGCCCGAAGAGAUGGAAAUCGCUGGAGGCGAGGUCAGGACUGUAAGGGAGAUGUGGCAGCAACUCCCAGCCAAGUUCCUGUAA